AUGCUUUUCGUAGCAUCACCGGUAUGCUUUGAUGGAAUGGUUGCCGAAUCGGGUGUGUCAGAGGGUGUGUCAGAGGGUGUGUCAGAGGGUGUGUCAGAGGGUGUGUCAGAGGGUGUGUCAGAGGCUAUGUCGGAGGGUGGUGGGUCAGAGAAAAAAAAAAGUGCGUUAGGCAUAGGAGCCUCCAUCCAUUCGACAAGUUUGGAGAGCUUUUCUUCGGUGGUUUUAAGUUUGGGAGCCCCUCGAGCAAUGGUACCGAGCCAAGCAUCUGUGGAUUGCCGUCGCUCUUGCGCCCCUGUAAUGAUAAGUCGUUGA